AUGCGCGCCGCACUGCCCCUCCUCGUCCUCGUUCUCGCACUGCUCUCCUGCGCCGCGGCCCAAGCCCCCGCCCAAGCCCCGGUCGUCGAUGUCGGGAACGCGCAGUACCAGGGCACCGUCAGCCCCCAAACCAACAUCUCCACGUACCUCGGCAUCCGCUACGCCGCCGCGCCCGUCGGCGGCCUGCGCUUCCGGGCGCCGCAGAGCCCCCCCGCGCUGCCCGGCGUGCAGCGCGCGGCUACGGCGCCACCGCGGUGCCUGCAGGCCCCCUUCGGGGAAUUGCCUACCAAUCCCAACCCGGAGUCCCCGCUGCGCGCGAGAGCCGUGCAGCCAGACCAGGAGGACUGCCUGUUCUUGAAAUACAUAGGCGGGGGCGCAGCGUCGUACGACGGCGGUGAUCUCAUCGUCCGGGCCAAGAACGGGGUCGUGGUUGUCACCAUCCAGUAUCGCCUCGGCAUAUUCGGUAACGCGCACCAUCGAUUUUUGGCCGGCGCGCGAGUCAAGGCCGAUGGCGCGCUGAACGCCGGUUUGCUCGACCAGGAAUUCGCAUUGAAGUGGGUGCAGCAACAUAUCAGCAAAUUCGGCGGCGAUCCCCAGCGCGUCACUAUAUGGGGCGAGUCCGCAGGUGCCGGGUCUGUGCUGCAGCAUGUCGUUGCGCGGAACGGGCGCACACGCCCCCCGCUGUUCAGGGCCGCUAUCUCGAGUUCGUCCUUCCUGCCUUCGCAGCAUCCCUUCGACGGGGCCGUCCCAGAGCGCAUCUUCAGCCAGGUUGUAUCGCAAACCGGGUGUGGUGGCGCCGCCGACGCGCUGGCGUGUCUGCGUGCAGCCGAUGUCUCAAGACUGCAAGCCGCCAACGUGCAGGUGAACCGCGCAGGCUUCUACGGGACGCUCGUGACCGUGCCGGUGGUCGACGGCGACUUCAUCACCCAACGUCCAACCGUGGCACUCCGCCAGAGGCGAGUUAAUGGUGAAGCACUCCUCGCUGUGACCAACACACACGAAGGCAAUGGUUUUGUGAAUCAAAGUACCGCUGGUACGGUCACGGCGGCCGACUAUGCUCUGCGCCUGUUCCCGGACCUCGGCACCGCAAAUGCCGCCGCCGCCGCACGACUGUACGCCCCGGUCGGCGCGCCCAUCGACCAGGCGAAUGCGAUCAUGGGGGAAUCUAUCUUCGUGUGCCCAAGCUACUUCAUGCUGAAUGCCUUCCCCGCAGCCUCGUACAAGGGAGAAUUCGCUGUCCCCAAUGGAAGCCACGGAGAGGACGUCGCCUUCUACUUCCCCAGCGUCAGGAGCCCGACAUUCAACAACACGCCAUUCAUCAUCUCCUUCGCAGGGGCCUUCAUGGACUUCGCGACGUCGCUCGACCCGAAUCGCAGAAUCGACAGCAGGAGCAUCACGCCGCUGUGGGCGCCGCACUGCGUAGCGCACAGUGAGAUGCUGUUCAAUCGCACGUCGGACGGCCGCCCCGAUAUCCGCGCCAUCGCGACGCCGCCGCCGCUUUUGCAGAGAUGCGCGUUCUGGGAGAGCGUCGCCCACCUCACCGCCCAGUAG